AUGGCGUCGCCCGAUGAGUCUGGCGGCCCCGACGCCCACCCCCCGCGCCAGCUGCCCGCCGACCUGCCGCGCUCGCUCGACGACCGCCGCACCGCCCCGCCCGUCGCCAGCGAGACCGAGAUGUACGACGCUUGGCAGGGCCAGUCCCAAUUCAUAUCGACACCGCUCCCCUCCAAGCCCCUCGACUUCGACCUGUCGCUCGACGGCCCGCCCCCCGACGACACCGGCACCCGCCUCACCGAGAUGCUCGAGCAGCAGUCCCGCCUCAAGCACGACAGCAUGAACGAGGGCCAGGAGGAUGCCGUCGUCAAGGACCCCAAGCUGUCGGACCCCGAGAAGCGCGACCUGCUGCAGAACUCGCUCAACCUCGCCGCCUCCAACGGCGACACCCUCACCGUCGAGCGCUUCGUCGCCGGCCCCGCCGCUUCCUAUGUCGACGUCAACGCCCCGGACGCCGACGGCACCCCGCCGCUCAUCUACGCCGCCUGCUUUGGCCACGACGACGUCGUCGCCGCCCUGCUGACCGCCGGCGCCCAUGUCGACGUCCAGGACCGCAACCACUGGACGCCGUUGAUGUGGGCAAUCACGAACCGCCACAAGGCAAUCGCGAAGCUGCUACUCGACAAGGGCGCUAAGCCCGAGGCCGCUUCCUCUUCUGGCCGCACCGCCUUCGACUUCGUGACCCCCGGCAGCGAACUCCAGGACUAUCUCCACGAGAGCGGCUACACCAUCGGCAACAUCGGUGUCGCCGGCGGCGACGACUUCUACACGGCCGGAUUCGACCAGGACCGCUUCGAGGAAGAAAUGGCCGAGAACGAGCUGCGGCGACGCAUGAUGAUGGAGAGUGCUAUCAAUCUGGAGGUCGAUCUGGGCAAUCUGGGCCUUGACGAGCAGCCAGAGGAACCCGACGACUUCGAGGAGGGACAGGAGUUUGUGUGGGACCGGUGCCUGCACGACCAAAUGUUUGUCUUCCAGGAGAACGAGCUGGACCGCAUCCUGGACAUUGUCAUCACCAACAUGACGCCCACCCGCUCGCCAUCGCAGAAACCCGUCCCCGCAAACAUCAUCUUCCUCGGCGCCCGCUACGCCCACUACCACUCCAGCGAAGAUCUGCUGGAGAAGCUGCUGGUCACGUCCAUGGACAAGAUCAACGACGCCGUCGAGAAGCACCAAUGGGACAUGACCAUGCUCGCCUUCUGGGUGUCCAACUGCAGCCUGCUGCUCUACUACCUGAAGAAGGACGCCGGCCUCGUCGAGGCCUCGGUCGAGUUCCAGUGCCAAAUUUCCGAGCUCAUCAACGAAAUCUUCGUGCUGAUCAUUCGCGAUGCCGAGCGCCGCAUGGACAAGGUCCUCGACACCGCCAUGCUGGACCACGAGACCAUCCCCGGCUUCGAGGACGUGAGUUUCACCGGAGAGUGGCGCAUCUUCAAGACGAAAUCCAAGCCGAAGCCCCCGGAGCCGUUCGAGAAGCGCUUCAGGCCCCCCUCGCCCAAGCGCAGGGCCCAGGUGUCCCCGCGAAACAUCACUUCGCUGCUGUCCUCGACGCUGUUUGUGCUGGACCUCUACGACAUCCACUCGGUCAUCACGGCACAGGUUCUCUCCCAGCUGCUUUACUGGAUCGGCGCCGAGCUCUUCAACCGCAUCAUGUCUAAUAGAAAGUACCUCGCACGCACCAAGGCAAUGCAGAUUCGGAUGAAUGUAUCGACGCUCGAGGACUGGGCCCGGCAGAACAACCGCCAGCCCGAGCACUACGAGGGCGGCGGUCUCACUGCCACUGGCGAGAACACAAUGGACGCUGCGCGCAGGCAUCUGGACCCAGUCAUCCAGCUGCUGCAGUGGCUGCAAUGCUUCUCGUCGCUCGGCGAGGAUCUCGACUCGCUCAAGGCGACGCUCGAGCAGCUCCCGCGUCUCACCCCGCAGCAGAUCAACCACUCGGUGAGAUACUACCGGACCGAGGUUGGCGAGAAGACGCUGCCGAAGCCUGCGCUCAAGUUUCUGUUCAACCUGCAGAAGGAGGUUGCAGAGCGACGCCUAUCCAAGCAAAGCCGGAAGUCGAUGCCUGCGCAAAUUCCUUCAUCGGAUGGCCAGCCCACUUCGCCCACCAUUGAGCGGCCCACGUCGCCUUCGCCGUCGCUGGCGCCGUCGCUGGCCACUGUUGCGUACAUGGCACAGGACGAGGAGGAAGACGCGCCAGAGAACCUGCUGAUGGACCCGGCCCUGAUGCUGCCGUUCUCGUUGCCCACUUCGACCGAUAUGCUGGUGACGUACGGAGCUGGCUUCGGAGGCACCGACAAGGAGCGCGAGCGCAAGUACCUGCCCACGGUGCCGGCCGAGUUCCUGGAGAGGCUCGAGUUCAGCAGCAACAAGAAGGAUCUCUAUGCGGACGCCAGAUGGAGCGACGACGGCGAAAGCGCCUGA